AUGCCCCGGGGCCGAGGAAAAGCCUGUGAAGGUGGAAAAGUUCGCGGGGAAUUUGGAGAACGCCUCGGGCAAAUUGAGGUGGUGAGGAACGCCUCGGGCAAAUUGAGGCAUCUGAAGCCAAGCCGGGAGUACUUGGUGGGCGCGCUGUCUUGGAGUGAUGCGAUGGCAACGCCACCGUCGUUGCGGGUGAGAGCGAUGAAAUGUCAGCGUGUCACGUUGUGGCGAGAAGCUUUCGACAUGUGGCUGCCUAUGCCACCCUUUGCCAGCAAGGUGAAAAUGCAACAGUGGUUGCCGGCACAGGUCCUGCCGGAUGGGCACAGGUGGACUUGCUCAUUCUGGAUCAUGCCUGCUCCUUCAUGCCCUUUGAAGAUGAAAGGCUUGGAACAGUUGAAGUAUUACUCAGUGGAUCGGUUGAAACUGCACUGCGGCUUCGAAAGACUUGCAAUCCUUGCUGCCGAAACGUCUGAAGAAUCGUUUGAAGGACGUCUCAAUACAUCAGGUGAGCGCCCUGGGCAAAGCGCGCCAAUGGCGCCGCGAAUUGCGCAGGCCGCGGCCGCGCCGCCCGUUUGGCGGCCAGUGCAGGCACCGCCUCGUUCAACGCUCGCGCCAGCGGCCGGAUCGCUCACCGCGCGGCGGAGUCGAGGGUGGCAUAGAGACAACAAGUGCCUACAGUGCACCACUUCAGCAUACCCUCUGAGUUCAGUAGCUCGGCCCUGGACCUCCAGUCCGCAGGCGUUCGGAAGCCCUACACGGCGACCGGUGAAAGAAGCUGAUAAUGGGGUUCCACCCGGAGUCGCGCUGAGCACGGUGCGCCCCUGUCUUUAUGUGGAUUUCACAGAGUUCACCGAGAAAUUUCGAUGGAUUUUGCCGUUUUGCCAUCACAGAUUCUGA